AUGGAGCAGCAACGCCCUCCCGUCCCGCAUCUGCCGCAGAUUGCCUCUCACCCAGGCAUCAUGGCCAUCGAUAUCACGGACAAGUUCUCUGCGGCCGCCAAAAAACUGGCGCCCGGCGAACUCGUCAAAGAUGGCCACUUCACUUUGUUCGAGACCGUCUCGGCUCUUGAGAUCAUGGACCCGAAGAUGGACAGUGGCUGUCUUGCGGAAGGAGAGUCACUGGAAGAGGAGUACGACGUCACCCGUAACCUCCUACCACAAGAGGUUCUCGGUAUUAUAGACCAACUUCUCUGCCUUGAGAUGGCUUGGCACCUUGGGUACCCUCUCUCCCAGACUCUCUUCACGAGUGUCUACCUGGAGGCACUCAUGAAGCCGCACCCCACAAACCUAGAGGACGCUCUGUUUACCAGCGAUCGUGAUGUAUCGGGGAACAAGUCACCGUUCCUGUUCGUCCUGAGAGCGUACUGCGUGUCCCUUUUGAAAGGGUGUUAUUUCGUUAAUGAACUGGUCAAGGAAGAACUGUACUACGAGGAAGAGGAUUUCGUAACCAACACGUACGACCGCGGCCUCUUGUCUGAUAUCCCCCUAGAUGCCAUCACCGAUAUGCUUCGGACCGCACGGGAUGACCUUCGCGCCAUGGGCAACGAGCUGUCCAAGGAGGUUCGCGAGGCUCUGGAUCUCCGGCUAGAGUUCCGCGUAGCUUUUCUCCGAGCCAUGGAGCUGGUUAGCCUGCGGAAGGCGAACCCAGAAUCACUAAAGACUCCGUGGAUCAUGAUGGAUGGCCUUUUGGAACAUCUGAAGAAACAGCAUCCAUUAGGCACACCGGUUCCCGAAGCUUUCAGCACCAAAAUACAACGGAGCUUGGCCAGCACUAUGCCGCCGCGACCCAUCGUCCAGCUGACGUUUGAUGACACAUAUAGCCAUUUCAAGCGAAUGGCCCAAGAUGGCAAAGAUGCCAUGGAUAUAUUGAAGUACUCCGACCCGCAAAGUCUUCUGAAUUUUGUCGCCACUUUCCAGACGAGGAAACCUCAGCCUCUGGUGGUCAUUCGAACGAUAAUGCAAGGUCUCCUAUUCAAAGAGAUGGUUGUCCUGGGCUCCUACAGCAUUCGGCAGAUUCUGGAUCAUGACCUUUCUAUCGUUUGCUUGCCAUGUGCACCGCAGAUAGAUCCUGCCAACGAUACGAUCGAAGUUCCAACUGACCCACGCCAUCAGACAGCCGCUCAAAUGGAGAUAUUUCGCCAGCGGGUCGCAGAGUGCUACCUCGAUAUUUACAGGAUAUUUUGUCAGAACCGCUGCCGAGUUAGGCGGACUCUAUGCCACAGCAUACAGGAGUGGGAUCUUCUCCAAGUUGAUGUGGAGGAGAUAGACAAUCUGCUUCAGGUAAACCUGGAUGAACAACCACACACGACAGCUCAGGGGCAAGUGGGAUACUCACUACCCCUUUCAUCUUGGGCCUACUUGUACAAGCUCCGUCAGAUGGAAUGGAUCGUUCAACUCGGCUUCGAGUUGUCCACCUACCAGACGGACGAGCUUGCGGGCAUGUACUGGUACCUGAAUUAUCUCGCAAAGACGCGCGCGCAGCACGGCGACCGGAUCAAGACCUUUGUCAUGCGCAGCAUGUUUGACGCCAGGGCCACCAAGUCGUACAGCUCGGCCAAGGAGGAGAAGUACAUGCGCUCGAUGGCCUACAUCCGCGUGACCAUGCUCGACGCCGCCUGCACGUGGGAGUUCGCCGAUGGCCUCUGCUGCCUGUACACGGUGCUGCAGCGGCUGGGGCUCAUCAAGCCGCUGCCGCGCCCGUACAGCGACGACCUGCUCCGCUACGAGAUCCGCAUGAAGCCCUUCACCACCAUCGCCCUACCGCAGCUGCCGUCCUUCGAGGACUUCAGCCGCGCCACCGCCCAGCCCGAGACCUCGAUCGCCGAGCUGCUGCGCUACGCGGACGGCGCCGUCGGCGGCGCCAAGAAGGGCUACGAGGCCCUGAGCCGCAUGCAGGACACGCAGACCUUCUCCGUCGGCUGCCACGAGCGCUGGCUGGCCAACAUCAAGAACUGCCAGAAGGCCACCAUCUUCGCGGGCCUCGCCGUCGCGGCGCUGCAGAAGGCGGUCGAGACGCAUGGCGAGGAUGGAGGCGAGGCUAUGGGCUUGAAGGUUGAGAUGCCUGAGGAAGGGAAGGGUUAUCAUGAUUGGUGGAUCGUCCCGAAGAUAGUGUCUUCGUCGUCGUGA